CAAAUCAGUCCACACUCCACAGGGUUUAAGGGAGGUUCGCCAUUUCCAAAGUCCAAAUAUCCAUUUUUUGCCCCUCUCUCUCUCUGAACCCGACUAAUCUGCAAAACUGGCUUCGACGGCCACAAACUCCUUCGCUCCGAGCCCUCGAUUUCGAGUCCAUAAUAAAUGGAGAAAACACCGAAAAAACCACAUGAACUCCAAGAAAAAUUUGUCUUUCAUUCUCAAUUCAAACUCAGACAUUGAAUUUCGCAGGUUAAGACUCAGUGAAUCCUUCUCUUCUUCCCUUUUACCCGACGGUUUUGAAUUGCCUGGAUUGAAUGCAAUCUGCUUUGCCAAGUCCUCUCACUUGCGUUCCAUCCAGUUCCCCACCUUAUCAGAUUCAAUAGACGAAAAUCUCAUAGGAAACCUUGAAGAUGCCAUUAGUUUGCAGAGAUUCUCCAAUGAAGUUCACCAGCUUUUGCCCGAAGAAGCCGUUGGGAGGGUCUUUUACGAAGACCCAACCUGGAUUUCAUCAAUUUUGGCGACCACCAAUUUGAAGGUUAUUGAUGAGAGAAUUAAAAGUGGUGAGAAACAAGAAAAACCAGUUUCUUGUUAUCAUGAGAUGGAGAAAAGCAGAUAUAACGCGCUUAGGAGAAGGCAGAUUAAGGAGGAGACGGAAGCAUGGGAGAGGGCCGCGGCGGAGUAUAAGGAGUUGGAGAGGAUGAUGUGUGAGAAGAAAUUGGCUCCUAAUUUGCCUUAUGUGAAGUUCCUGUUCUUGGGUUGGUUUGAGCCUCUUAAGGAAGCAAUUGCUAAAGAGCAGAGGUUGCUGAGGACGAAAAGGCAGAAGUCUGCUUAUGCUCCUUACAUUGAUUUAUUGCCGGCUGACAAGAUGACUGUUAUUGUCAUGCAUAAAAUUAUGGCUUUAAUGAUGGUGACACCAGAAGAAGGAUGUGUUCGGGUAGUUCAAGCCGCCAUUCAUAUAGGGGAGGCCAUCGAGCAGGAGGUGAGGAUUCAGAGAUUUUUGGAGCGAACUAAGAAAUGCCAGAGUGGUAAAAUGAUUGAAAAUUGUAAGCAUGAGGAUGUAAGUUCAGAGCUGGAGAUUCUCCGGGAACGUGUUAAAAGAUUGAUGAAAAAGAAAAGGUUAAUGGAGGUGCAAAAGCUGGUAAAAAGUGAGGAUGAUAUUAGCUCUUGGGGUCGACCUGCCCAGGCUAAGCUGGGAAGUCGUCUGAUUGAAUUAUUAACAGAAACAGCUUUUGUACAACCUCCAGCCAACCAGUUACCUGAUGGCCCACCAGAAAUUCAUCCUGCAUUUAGGCACAGGAUUAAAACUCUGACAAAGGAAGCAGGACAGCGUGCCAGGAAGAGGUAUGGAGUUAUAGAAUGUGACCCUCUGGUCCUUAAAGGGCUUGACAGAACUGGUAGACAUAUGGUGAUUCCUUACGUGCCAAUGUUGAUACCACCCCAAAAGUGGAAAGGAUAUGACAAGGGUGGACACCUGUUCUUGCCGUCAUAUGUGAUGCGUACUCAUGGAGCAAGGCAACAACAAGAUGCAGUAAGGAAUGUUCCAAGAAAGCAGAUGCAGAAAGUAUAUGAGGCUCUAGAUACACUUGGAAACACUAGAUGGAGAGUGAAUAAAAGAAUACUUGACGUUGUAGAGAGCCUUUGGGAUCAAGGUGGCAACAUUGGAGGCCUGGUUGAUUGUGGAGAUAUUCCAAUACCAGAAAAGCCAGAUUCAGACGAUUUAACUGUAAUCCAAAAGUGGAAAUGGAGCAUGAGAAAAGCAAAGAAGAUUAACCGAGAGUUGCAUGCACAGCGAUGUGAUACAGAACUUAAGCUUGCUGUGGCUCGGAAAAUGAAAGACGAAGAUGAAUUUUAUUAUCCUCAUAAUCUAGACUUUCGAGGUCGUGCAUAUCCCAUGCAUUCACAUUUGAAUCAUCUAAAUUCUGAUCUCUGUCGUGGAGUUCUUGAGUUUGCAGAAGGACGGCCACUGGGGAAAUCUGGGUUGCACUGGCUGAAGAUACAUUUGGGAAAUCUAUAUGGUGGCGGCAUUGAAAAGCUUUCUUAUGAUGGACGUGUAGCGUUUGUGGAGAAUCAUUUGGAUGAUAUCUUUGAUUCGGCAGAGAAACCUGUUGAUGGAAAUCGCUGGUGGCUAAAUGCUGAAGACCCUUUCCAGUGCUUAGCUGCCUGUAUUAAUCUAACAGAGGCCUUGAAAAGCUGGUCACCACAUACUGUCAUCUCCCACCUGCCUAUUCAUCAAGAUGGUUCAUGUAAUGGUUUGCAGCACUAUGCAGCUCUUGGAAGAGAUAGUUUGGAAGCAGCUGCAGUAAAUUUAGUUGCUCGGGAGAAGCCUGCUGACGUUUACUCAGAAAUAGCUGCUAGGGUUUUUAACAUUAUGAAAAUGGACUCUGAGAAAGAUCCUGCAAACAACCGAACUGCUUUUUUAGCCAAGGUCUUAAUUGAUCAGGUGGAUAGGAAAUUGGUGAAACAAACGGUGAUGACUUCAGUAUAUGGUGUUACUUAUAUCGGGGCACGUGAGCAGAUUAAGAGGCGGCUGCAGGAGAAGGGUCAUAUUGCUGACGAUAGAUUACUGUUCAGUGCAUCUUGCUAUGCUGCUAAAGUCACACUUACUGCUCUAGGAGAGAUGUUCCAAGCAGCACGUGGCAUUAUGGGAUGGCUUGGUGAAUGUGCAAAGAUUAUUGCAUCAGAAAAUCAAGCUGUAAGAUGGACGUCUCCUCUCGGCCUCCCAGUUGUGCAGCCUUAUCAUAAAACAAAAAGGCAUCUUAUAAGAACUUCCCUUCAGGUUUUGGCCUUGCAGCGGGAGGAUGAUGUGAUUGAUGCAAAAAGACAGCGGACUGCAUUUCCUCCGAAUUUUGUACACUCUCUUGAUGGUUCACACAUGAUGAUGACAGCUAUUGCCUGCAGAGACGCUGGAUUACAUUUUGCAGGGGUUCAUGACUCCUUCUGGACACAUGCAUGCGAUGUGGACAAACUGAAUCAGAUCCUCAGGGAAAAUUUUGUGGAACUUUACAGCAUGCCUGUACUUGAGAAAUUGCUAGAAAGUUUCCAGACAUCAUAUCCAACAUUGGCAUUUCCUCCCCUUCCAGAGAGAGGCAAUUUUGAUUUGAGAGAAGUUUUGAAGUCUCCAUAUUUUUUCAACUGAUCCUCUUCUAUUGAUCGGUGAAGUUCCUCAUCUCACUAAACAGGACACACAUGUAGGUGAUGUAGUGCUGGUCUCAGUAUGGUGUGAAAAAUUCUCUCGUAUUUUCACAGGAAUAACCAGAUUACAGAUGAUCAAGAAGCAGGCUGGACAUAAUGGAUUGACAGAGGGAAGAGGGAAGUGAAAUACAGUAUGUAGGAUGGGUGAGAAACGGGCCUAAUAUGAGGGUGUUUCUGAGGAAAAAUUGUAUUCUUCUGUAGUAACAUUCACCAAGUGAUGU